GUCAUGCUAACUCCUUAUAAUCUUCCUCCCGACAUGUGCAUGAAAAGUCAUUUCAUCUUUUUAACUUUAAUUUGUCCAGGUCCCUCGGAUCCUAAAAAAAGGAUAGACAUCUAUCUCCAACCCCUGAUCGAGGAGAUGAAAGAACUUUGGGCCAUUGGGACACCAACUUAUGAUGUUUCGAGAGAUCAAAUGUUUAUCAUGAAAGCUGCCAUCAUUUGGACCAUUAGCGACUUCCCUGCUUAUGGUAUGCUUUCAGGAUGGAGCACACACGGUCUUAUGGGAUGUCCGAUAUGUAUGGAUCAAUCAGAUGCCAAUUGGCUCAAAUUUAACGGGAAACAAAGUUACUUUGAUUGUCACCGCAAGUUUCUGCCUAUGAACCAUCGAUAUCGAAAGGACAAGAAGUCUUUUAUUGCCGGAAGAGUGGUACGAGAUCCCCCUCCUCCAAGACUUACAGGUGAACAAGUUUUUAACCGGGUUCGACGUUUUCCUACGGCCGUGCAGCAACCCCACGGGGAGCCAAAUGGGUAUUGUGAUACCCAUAAGUGGACAAAGAGGAGUAUAUUUUGGGAGUUGCCGUAUUGGAAGGACCUUCUCAUUCGUAACAAUUUAGAUGUCAUGCACGUUGAGAAGAACGUCUUUGACAAUAUAUUUAACACGGUUAUGGAUUUUACCCACAAAACCAAAGAUGGUCUUGCAUCUAGAAAAGACAUGACAAUUUGGUGCGACAGACCCGAACUCGCCGUCGAUCUAGAAUACGUGGGUAAAAAAAUUCCAAGAGCAGUCUACCAACUCACAGCCCCACAAAGGGAAUCAAUAUUAGAGUGGCUUGUUUCUCUGAACUUUCCAGAUGGCUAUUGUUCUAACUUGUCAAGAUGCGUGGACCUGGACAAACAAACAAUGACGUCGAGCAUGAAAACUCAUGAUGCUCAUGUAAUCAUGCAACGACUUCUGCCGAUUGCACUGAAAGAGAUGCUUCCUGCAGACGUCUGGGGCUGUAUUACCGAAAUCAGUCAAUUGUUUCAGUCGAUAUGUUCCGCCGUUUUGGAUGCCGAAUCCCUGAGGAGACUAGAAGACAUUGUUCCUAUUCUGAUGUGUAAUCUGGAAAAGAUACUGCCCCCAUCAUUUUUUGAUGUAAUGGAACAUCUUCUAAUACAUCUUCU